GUAACAGUAACAGCAAAACAACCACAGAAGAAGAACACAAGCCGCGCGUUGACUGCCAUCUUGUGGAGGUAGUAUGCCAAAGAGGACGUGAGGAACGGCAUGAGCUUUGUUGACUCACCAAAUAAUCGGUCAACUUUACACGAACGUCCGCGCAGCGUAGCGGCUAAGCUAACAAGCUAGCUGGCGAGCUGACACCAGCCAUGGACCCGCUGAGUAUGGCGGAGGACGAAGUGGCUCUGGAGGGUCUGGACGGAAUUACCAUCCCCACUUUGUGGAUACGACUCCAAGACCGGACGCCGAAGUUCCCCCUGAAGCUGGACGACAGCACGAAGGAGUUCAUCUGGAAGUCGCUGGUCGACAACGGCGACCUGACGUUCUACCUGCUGCCCGCCGAGAGGGAGGAUGUUGUGCUUUACGACAGGUUCAAACACGCCCUUGAAAGUGGGUCCAUAGGAGACAGGAAGGACGUGUACCCGGUGCACAUCCUCCAGGAGAACAAGGACGGGAUCCAGGGCUCCUGCGCCCUGUUCCACCAGAGGAAAGACGUCACCUCGCGUGUCCGCUCCCAGUCGCUCGCCCCGCUCGUCAGCGUGGACGAGGCGUUCAAAAAACACGGCAGGAAGCUCGUCAUCGUGGCCUCCCAGACGCUUCGGUUCCGGGCGCUGAUCGGCAGCGAGAGCGACCCGGAUAUCAAACUGGUGGACUACUCCUACUGCAUGCUGGAGCGAGUUGGCCGGGCGCGCUGGCAGGGGGAGCUCCAGAACGAAUUAGUCCAAACCUAUCAAUUCUACAAGGUGGACGCCCGCAAGUUGCACUACAUGAGGAAGUCUCUGGUCCAACACGGGCUGAUCUCCACGCAGGCUUUUACCCAACGCAUGGCGUCAGGACAGCAGAAGUAUUCCAUUCAUCUCCUGCUCAAACGCUUCCACGUCAUCAGGAGGUCCAAGAACGACUUACUGAUGCAGCUCGUGUCGGAAUUCCUGCAGAAGACACCCGGCCAACUGGCGGCCAUGGUCACCGUUAGAGACCACCUGAAUGUCCCAGAAGACAUGUGCAAGCGCGUGUUUCAAUGCAUGGAAAAAGCCAAGCUGGUGGAUUAUUGCAGCAUGCCGCUGGAGGACUUGGUGGACGAGGGCGGGUCCUUAGUUAAUAGAAGAGGCAAAAAAGUGAUGGUGCGCUGCUUGAAACACCGCAAGGCAUACACAGGAAAGCGUAGCAUCGUAGGAGAUGAGGACGACGGCGAAGAGGACGAAACCAACGGUUCUAAGAGGAGAGAUUUCCCUCCGGUGGGCCGACUCAUGGAGAAGGAUUUAAUGUCCCAGGCCUACAAUCACAUUUUGUCCAGUGGGGACAGUGGACUCGCUCAGUCCGCCCUCGGUUCACGGAUGAACAUUGGGAAGCUAGAAUCUCGCAGUCUUUGGCGGAAGAUGGAGCGGGACGACCACGUCAAGGGCUUCAUGGUAGACGAAGGCCGGCAGAGGACCACAAAGUUCAUCAGCCUCAGGUGUGUGGGUGGCCACGACCAUCUCCAGCUUUUUGCCAAAGAGAGGCAACGCACAAAGCUUUUUGACUCGUCACCGAUGUCGCAGAGCACCCCCAACGCUGCUUCCCUUAGCCGUCGCCCGCCAUCGAACUCAAAGAAGUCGGCGCCCAAAAGGGUUGAAAAACCUCAGCAGUCAAGGAAAAGAAAAGUGAGAACUUUUGAAGUAGAAGAGGAAGAAGAGGUGGGAAAGGAAGUGAGUUUGGAUGAAGAAGCGAAUGAAGGGAAAGUCCAAGAAGAGUUGAGGGAGAGAAGAAAUAGCGCAGAGAAGAAAGCGACAUCUGAGACUGAAGAUGCUCCUGUUGAGUGUGAAACCCCGGUUCAACUACAGCCUGACGCUGUGCCUGCCAGCACGUCAGAGCAAGUUCCAUGUGAGCAUGAUGAAGAAGAAGCAUCCAGCUCUCAGAGCCUGGAGAAGAAAACAGCAGACCCGACAGUGGACAUCGUGGUAGUGGAUAACGUCUCCGAGCAGGUGGUAUCCAAACGCGUCCAGAAAAAACACGAGACCUACCGCUUGCUGAGGAGGAAGAACAUCAUCACCGAGACUGUGCACAAGAAGCAAAUCAUAGAAGGCCUUUUUCAGAUACAGAAGGUGAUCAAUAAUGACGAGAAGGACCAAGGAGUGAAGACAAAAUGCUGCAAGAAGACGGCACGGCGUCUCGUCCACACUCUGUCCAGAGAGGGCCUAAUUAAGAUGUUCAACACCACCGUCAUACAAGACGGCAUCAGCAAGAAGGUUGAGCUAUUUGUUCAUCCAAGCAUGCAGCCUAACGACAAGUUGGUGUGUGCCGCAAUCGAGCAGGUCCGCUUCAACAUCUCCAGCUCCUGCACCCCUACAUUCCAGCAGCCGGUCAAAGAACCCGAAGUGACAAAAGAAGAGCCGAGUAAAACUUUGAAGAGCCUCAGCGAGAUGACGGAAGAAUCCUUGAAAGAAAAAAAACAUAAACUGGAUUUCAAGCCCACAAGAGUGCGAGGACUGGGAAAGACUUUGGGUUUCCAGCCGAAGAUGCAUCGCCUGCAUGUUUUUCACAGCUUCCUCUUUUACAUCAUCUACGGCCAUCCCCUGAUGCAAAAAAGUUCCUCAGGACCAACAGCAGCCCCCGGAGAGGUGCCUGAGGCCAACCAGCAAGAAGACACUCAGCCAGGCGCCGACAAGGACCUCGAAGGCGCAAACACGAAGUCGCCUGAUGAUGUCAUCGGCGGCCCCCCUGACUCUGAAACCUUUAAUAUGGAUGUGGCGUCAUCGGGCGAUGAAGAACUGAUGGCUGGUUUCGAAGCAGAACAGUCCGAGUGUGAACUAAAAGUUUAUUCCGAUGAGCCUUCGUGGAAGAGGUUUGUCCCGCCUGUGCCCCCACACAGAGAGAGGGGCAGCGGCUGGCUGAGGGUGAGCGACCUGAUCUUCUGCCUGCCGCUCUCCGUGUUCAUUCAGAUGAUGCAGAUUAAUUAUCAGGUUGAUGGCUUAAAGGACUAUCUGAGCGACCCUGUGAAGCAGCACCACCUGAUCAGACAGCUGCCCAUCGAAAUGAGAAGAAAGCUCUUUUAUAAACGGAAAUACCUAUUUGUCGUCAUUGAGAACCUGCAGAGGUUGGUCUACAUGGGGUUGGUGCAGUUUGCUCUGACGAAGACAAAGUUUAGCGAUCAGACGCCGUUUUACCUGAAGCGCAAUGCCACCAUUGUUGACACGAGCAACGCGGAGCCUCACUACUGGCUGAUCUCGGAGACCAGCGACAAGCCCUUCGAAAGACGCCGCUACACGUUCAACACUGACGACGAUGUGGAAUCUUACUGGUUUGACCUCAUGUGUGUCUGCCUCAAUACGCCACUGGGGCUCAGCCGCUAUAGGAAAAGUGCCUCAGAGGAUGAGGGGAAACCUUUGAUUAUGCCUGAGCGUUACACGUUUGUAGGAUUGGCACAUUUGCUCAAAGGCAGCAAUGAAAUGUGUGACGACGGCGUGACGCCGGGAGACGGUAAAGGAGCGGGAGGUCUGGACUCCGAAUUCUUUGCUCAUCUAAAACGAAAUUGGCUGUGGACCAACCGCAUGCUCUUCAACGAAAAAGAUAGAGUGCGACUGAGGAGUCUGUUGGGCUGCGACGUGCUCCGGGCGUUUAAGGAAGGCACUGUCAAACCCUGCUAUAGGAAAGCUCAGAGAAGUUUGAUAGCUGAGGAAACUGUUAAGAUGGCGAUCGAGUCUUCGUCCAGGAACAAACAGGUGGUCGGAGGGAAGCGUCAGAAGAGGAAGAGAAUCAAAAAGGAGGUCAUCAAGGUUCCUCGCAAGAAGAAGAAAGAGCCCAAAAUCCGCGGCACCCCCGUUCACGACGAGGCCGACCAUCGAGCGCUGAAAAUGAUGACCAGGCAGCGAGUGCUCUGGACGGUGCUGGAGGACUCUAUGUUGAUGCUCGGCAACGUGGCCUCGCAUCUGCUCAAAAGCAAGAUGAGAAGGAAGUUCUCAGCCUGCUGUGUGGUGCGAGACCUUCUCCAGGCGGAGUUUCAGAUCUCCGAGGACAAAACAUCGCUGGCCGUCGGGCGGCGCUCUCGCUACAUACUCAAGAAUCCUCAGGCUUUUCUCAACUUCAGGAUCUGCUUGGCUGAGGUCUACCAGGACAAAGAUCUGAUGAAACGUUUAAAUGACAACAAGCCAGUCGAUCCCAAUGACACUGAGGAUUGUGCUAAAUCGUACAUCGAGUACGUCAGGCUUCUCAGGAAGAAGUUCCGCUCUGUCCCAAGUGGCGAGGAGUUGAAGAUGCCCGACAGCAAGCGUCAGCUUUUCUCACAGUUUAAAGUGUCUGUGAUACACACUGGGAAGCAGGUUCCCUGCAAAGACACAUUGAGCUGCACAAUGGACAUUCAUGCCAUCGGGUUACACAAUCUGAUCCAGAGCACACUGGCCAUGACCAACCAUCAGAUGAAGUCUUCCCGAUCCUUCCAGACGUUCCACGUUUACAGUAAGUACCAACAGGAGCUGCUGGGCCAAGUUUUCAUCCAGUGCCGGAAGCGCAGUCUCGUCAACCGCCGACGCGUCUUUCCGAAGAUGGAGCCCCGGAAGAACCGUGUGAUGCCUAUCCUGCCUAUGUCCUUCCAACUCUCUCAGUCCUAUUACAGGUUGUUUUCAUGGCGUUUCCCUCAUUCCCUUUGCACCGACUCGUUCCGCUUCAUGAGGACCCUCCUCGGCAAAGGCGCAGGCGACAACAAGCCCUUCGUCUGGUUCUAUCUCGAGACCGAACCCAGGACAGUGAGCGGAGAGGAAGCGUUGCCGGAACCGUCCAGGAAACAAACCCAGAAGCAGGCCGAGAAGAGCGACGCAGGCGAAGGGGAAAGUGACAAAGCUCAUCCGCCGCCGAUUAAGGAGGACGUUUCCGAAAUGCUACGCUUCUGUCUAGACUCUGUCGGGGGCGCCUGCGUGGCCUCGCUCUCGCUAAUGAGCUUGGGAUUGCUGUCGGUGCACUUGUCUAUCCCUAAACAAAUGGUGGUGGUGGACAGCAACAUGGUGGACGGCGACGUCAAGAGUUUUGUGUCACUGGAGGAAGAGGAGGACGACGAGGACGCUGAGGAGUGUGAAGGCAAAAAGAAGAUAGGAGUGCACACUCAUCAUGCGUCACACACAAAGUACCUGAUGAUGAAAGGACACUUCAUUCCUGGCAUCGUCAAACUGCGCAACCUGAACACCACCGACAGCAUCGUGGUAGAGUCGUGUUUGAUUAGCAUGCAGCUGAGAAACACGCCCGCUCACAGCAUCCUGACGGACCACGGUCUCUCACCCCUGGACUUUUCUAAAUGCGGCCCAUCUCUGCUGCCGUCCAUCCUCAGCCGCUCCAUCCAUCCCGCCUGCGCCUCCUCCUGCGUGAGCCAGUGUGACGCCGAUCUGGUCCAGCAGAGAGGGUACACACCUCAGGACCUGGAGGCGUGUGCUCAGCUGAGAAGGAGCCUGGAUGAAGCAGGCGACAAAGGAACAGACCACCGGGACUUGUUUGACCUGUACUCUCACUUCUGGCGGCCGCAGUCUGGACGCAGCAGGAGCCUGCAGCAGUACCUGGAGGACUUGGAAGAAAAAGGCCAGGUCUUAAAAGUUGGCAAUUGCAGCGCCCGCUGGGUGCUCAUGAAGCACGUCGACCCUUGGAUCCUGACCGUCAGCUCCAAGACCUGGUCCCCGGCGCAAGCGUCCCUUCUCGGCCGUCCCUCCCAGCACAACAUCCCCUUCCUGCGCAAGAGGCGCAGACACCGUAGUCCGCAGCGGGAAGACGACAAGGACAAGGAAGAGCCUCCGGAAAAAAAGGCGCCCCUGGAAAGUGAAGAGGACAGAGCGGGACGGACGAGCGAGACGCUAAACCAGGAAGAAAAACCGGAAGGUGAGCCAGAGGAACAGAUGGUAAGACUAGAGGAGGAAGAAGCGAAGCAGGCGGCAAACGAGGUAGCGGAAAAGUGUGAGGACAAGAUGGAGGAGGACAAAGACGAAGGAGCAGCAUCAACACAAGAGGCCAACCUUUCUGAGGAAAAUAUAUGUUUCAUGUGUCGGCCUUGGCGCCUGGUGGAUGGGACACUGAAUCGGCAGGUGUGUAAAGGAAUGCUGGAGGGCGUCCUCUUCCACAUCAUGUCCUGUCCUGGAAUCACUGAGCAGACGCUGGUGGAUUACUACCAGGGCGUGCUGCAGCCAAUGGUGUUGCUGGAACUCGUGCAGUCCCUCACAGAACUAGGCUGUCUGACGAAGAAGACUCUGGUUAAAAAGCCAAAAGUCACACUGUUCAGCCGCCCUGUCCCUGCAGCUAAAGUAGAGGCGGAGCCAACGGUGGUGGAGCGAGACUGCGUCUUUUAUGAACCCACCAUCAGCUGCUGCAUCAGGCUCGCUCAGGUGCUGCCCAACGAACGCCACUGGAACGCCAUGUAUUGUAAAUAAAAUUUUCUUUUUGUUUUUAGAGGCGACGCUUAACUUACAAUGUGAAUUAAACCAUAAUACACAUUACUCUUUCUGUAUUAUUGUUCUACUAGUUAUUCUGAUGAUCUUAUACAGUGGAACCUCUAUUUACAAACUUAAUUGAUUCUUGAACAUGGUUCGUAAAUGAAAAACAUUGUCUAGUUAAACACAGAUAAUUAACAAUGUGAACAUUAAUAAUUUCC